AAUGCAUUAUUUUUGAGAUUCUUUUCAUAUGUUUUCUUUACUUUCUGUUCUACCACUAUUUUUUUUUUUAUAAAAAAUCUUUUAUUCCUUGAUGCUUCCCUGUUUAUCUGCCCCCAGAGUGCUUAUAAUAUUAAACUCUUAGAGGGGAACUUCUAAGCAUGAACUUAAGAUACUCAUUUACCUUAAAAGGUUAAAUGACCUCAUUUGAUAAAAAUGGAAUUACUUAAAAUAUUUAGACAUAGUUAAAAUUUUGAAUUGACAUUUAAAGUGUGCUGGUUCACGGAAAAUUAUGACAAAGAUUAUAAGAGUUAGUCUUUCCUCUGACUGAUUUGUGAGUAGGUGAUCUCCAAAAUGCCUGGCUGCUUGUGGUUUGGGUGGGUUAGUUAAUGUGUUUCAGGUUAUCUAAGUAGCCCUGUGGUUUUUAAAGAGGUAGAAGUGAACUGAGAAACAGCCUCACCUUACUGGGGUUUGGAGGUUUGGAAGUUGCAUAUCUGUGUUUUAGGGUCAGGCUAAGGCAGGGAUGAAAUACCCAGUACCUUUAUGGCUGCUGUUGAGCCCUGUAGUUCCUACAUACCUUACAUAACACAGAAUAGAAAAAAUUAAAACUUGGAGCAAGGUGUGCAACAAGCUGGUAACUGGGAGAGCAGUGGUUGAGCAGAUCCUUUGCUGCAAAGAGCUCUGCAGAGACAGUGGGACAGGCAGUCUUAUUUUUUUCAUUUAUUGAUGUGUUUUUUGUUCACCACUCUUAAUGGUGAUAAGAAAUUUCAUUGACCCAUAUUUUGUUUAUCUUUUAAGAUCAAGCUGGUAAUUUCUUCAGUUUGACUCUUCUGUGCAAUCUGUGUGCAGUUAUUUUCUGUGUCAAGAUAAGUCUGCACUGUUGGCAGACUUUUGAAUUAUACUCUUUCAUGCCUGCAGUACAGCUGUAAUAAAAUAGUAACUGCAGGUUUUUGUGUUUCGUGGUUGUGCCUCAUUAGUUCGAAUUUCAGGACAUCCUCUUCUAGUCUCUGCUUACCUUUUUCAGUCCUAGAUCUUUGCACAUCUUGUAUCACUUUCUAUAUCUUGCUUCUGGUUUUCACAGGAUCAAUCAGGUUGCAAGGGAUCACAGUGGGUCAUCUGGUCCAACUUCCCUGCUCAAGGAGGAUCAAAACCAGAUUUCCUUUGCUUCAUUCUGGUCUCCUCCUUUCAUUCUUGUUUCCUCCUUUUACCAGCACCAUUUAUCAGUUAUAUGGAGAUCUUUGGUUUUAUUCUUCUGUUUAGUUAUUUCUACAGCCACUUCUUAUGCUCCUUUGAUCAUCCUUCAUAUGCAUUAAACAAGGAGCCAUAAACUGCAGUCAUGCAGAUUCUGAAAGAGCCCUCUGAGAGGCUGGAGCUGUAAGUGGGGCUACUCGGUUGCUUUGCCCUUCAGCAAUUCCCUGCGCCAGCGGAUUCUGCGAGAAACCAUCUGUAGUACAGAGCAACUGGUGCAAAAGCAAUGAAAAACUUUAUAAUUAAAUGCCUAGAAACUUAUUUCAAUCUUUUUCUUUCAGAUGAGCAUUUCUGAUGUGAAGACUCACAAAGAUGGGUUUUAAAUUAAAAAAAAAAAUGCACCUAAUGAAAGGAAAUAAAAUGCUAUUCUAGAAGUUAAACUAGGACCUGCAUAUUCUAAUAAACUCUUCCAAAAUGCAUUUCUUCUUUAAUUAGGAAAACCAACAUGAUCAAUUAAUGGGAAGGUCAGUACUAUUCAAAUACUCAGUUUAUCCCUUUUUAUGGUUGGAUUUUACAUGUUUUCAGAUGAUUGUGUAUUUGCUUCCCAACAAUAAAUAAUUAAACCUGUGUUUUGCAACUUGGAAUAUGAAUAAAAACAAGAUGAAGAAAAAUAAUGAUAUAGAAAUGGGUUUAUCUGUAAAACCAUGUGUUUGUUGUUGUGUGAGCUCUUUCUCAAAGGACAUUUGUGUUUAUUUUCCUUUUCUUCAAAGAUGAUGAGGUGAAUGUUGUCUCAUGGCAUCCAAAAUAUGGUGGAUUUCCUGAGAGAGAUUGUGCUAGCAGAAGCAUGAUGUGGACUGAGAAAAUAAUUUUUUCUCAUUUUGAAACUUCCUUCUUAAAUGCAUAUUGUGAAGCAAACUGUGGCAAUGGGCCCCAUCAUGAUCGAAGUUGUGUUUACAACCAGAGCAACAUAGUAGAUGGAGUUUACUGCCUCCCAAUAGCACACUGGAUUGAAGUCUCUGGGCAUACUGAUGAGAUGAAACACACAACCGAUUUCUAUUUUAAUAUUGCAGGACAUCAAGCAAUCCAUUAUUCCAGGAUUCUGCCAAACAUCUGGCUGGGAAGUUGCCCUCGGCAGCUGGAGCACGUGACCAUCAAGCUGAAGCAUGAGCUGGGUGUUACAGCUGUGAUGAACUUCCAGACUGAAUCUGACAUUGUUCAAAAUUCCUGGGGCUGCAACCGCUACCCAGAACCCAUGAGCCCUGAAAUCCUUAUGAAGCUGUAUAAAGAAGAAGGUCUUGCCUAUGUCUGGCUGCCAACUGCAGACAUGAGCACUGAAGGAAGAAUCCAGAUGUUGCCACAAGCUGUCUGCCUCCUGCACGGGCUGCUGCAGAAUGGACACACUGUCUAUGUUCAUUGCAAUGCUGGUGUUGGCAGGUCUACAGCAGCUGUCAGUGGCUGGCUGAGGUACGUGAUGGGAUGGAGCCUGAGGAAAGUGCAGUACUUCUUGGCUUCCCGGAGACCAGCUGUCUAUAUAGAUGAGGAAGCUCUGAAUCGUGCUGAAGAAGAUUUCUACCAGAAAUUUGGGCAUCUUCGUUCCUCAUACCAAAUAGAAGAGUAGAAAAGCAGCAGAAGAAAAGGAAGGCAAAGAGGAAUCCUUAGAUUUGAACCCCAAGGAUUUAGAAAUUUCUGUGACUUAGGCACUCACCUCUUCAGAUUAUAAGCUUCUUGUAAAAGUGAUGAGAAUUUUGUUUAAAAAGUGCCCUAGAGUUUUUAAUUUGCUUUCUUUAAAGUGACAUGAUUCACAUUUUCAAGCCUUUUGGUGCAAUUAUGAGACCCAGAAACUGCAAAGUGAAAGGAGAUUUUCUUUUAACUACUUGCCUAUAGGAAUAGAAGUUUUAGGGCUUAAAACUAAAACUAAAGAUGUGAGGUGGAAUAGAGUUGGCAAUAAAAACUGACAAGAAAGAAAUACAAAGAUUGACUGGAUUAAGAUUCAGGUUAGGAUGGAGCAGACCAUCAUCAAAGCUGCUCAGUUAUUUUAAGCAGGUAUUAGAUUGUUGCAGUGUUUUGUAGUAAUUCUGUAGACAAGUGGUAUUGAUGAGAAAGACCAGAAGGAAAUUGAUUCUUCAAUUCAGUGUUUAAAAACAAAAAACUAAUGUCUAAUGCAGCGAACUAAGAUUUGCUCUUUGUCCAUCUAGUUAAUGUUACAUAUUAUGAGCUCCAGCUGUAUUCUUUUAUGACAUUGGGGUUAUGCUGGGCUGUGACAUGAAGAGAGGACAGAGCUCCAGCUGUGGCAGCCUUGCUUUGUUGUGGGGCAGGACCACCGUUUGUUACAUUAUCCUAGGCUGUGAGUUCUCUGAGUUGAAGCUGUGUUUUGCCCCUCUGGUCCAUGCAGUGCUGUACAGGAGUUCCCUUAGGUGCCAAAUCAGUCUGAGCAGUAACCACUGGGGUAAGACAGGACCUGUAGGAAUGGUGUGGUGCAUGACUGGCACCACAGCCUCUGGGCUGUUGGUCUAAAUUAGUAUCUUCAAUACAGAAAAAGCCUGUCCUUGUGCAAGCAGUGGGUGUGUGUUAGGUUUAGCUGAUUGAAGCUAAUGCUGGGCUAUCUCUGGGCUGAAUGAAGUCAAUACAUUCCUCUAUAGGAACAAAGAGCAACUCUGCAGAGGAUGGUUUCUCAGGAGCUUAGGCCCAGUGUUAGCUUUGUGGGGAUGAUCCCUAAUGUUUUCCAUUGCUGCUUGGUCCCUUAGCUAAACUAAGCACCAACAGCUUUCAGUCCCACUCAGAUGAAACCAAUUUGAUGUAGAUUGAAUUCAAGAGAGAAGAGAAAAUUAAGGAAGAAUAAACAUUAAGAAACAUAAUUUCUGUAGGUUUAUUCUUCAGUGAAAUCUCAUUUUUCCCAGCCAACUUGUUCCUCUAAAGAUGUAGUCAGUGACAGAGUAGUUUAAGUAAUAAAUAUUGAUUUUCUGAGUAUUUAAUGGAUAAACUAUUGGAUAUGAACUGUUUAUGGAGAAUGUACAAAUGAUUAUAUUUUAUUUGUCCUAUACUUCAAUCAUCUUGAAAAGAGAAAUAUUUAUUUAAGUUAUUCUAUGUGUGGUUUUCAUUUGAGACUUUUUGAAAUAACACUGCCUCUUUAGAAAAUGGAUGAGAAAAUAAAGACAAAAUUACUAUUCCAGCA